AUCGAGUCCCACGUUCUUCAUUUAAAACGAAAGGAUUUGUCCAAAGUUUCGACAUGGAUCCACUUUUGAUUAAUCCUGAGUUUGCCUUGCAAAAGCUGACGGGCAGUAUUACAGUAGGUGAAACAGUGUCUGAAAUCUUCCAACAACGUGCCAAAUGCCAGUAUGAAUACGCCCGAAAGAUUAAAUCUAUCAACGAGGCAGUGAGUAAAAAGGUCAAAGGAGUUAAGAUGGAUACCAAUCUAGCCACACUCAUCACGCGAAUAUGUGAUGAAAAUACAGAGGAGUCGAAGAUGUUCACAAGAAGCGCUGAUGCUAUUACGGCUGACGAUGGACCGCUUUCAAACGUUUUAGAACUGUUUGAUAAGGAAAAAGACCAGCAGUUGCGAGCGAAGCUGAGCCAUGGCAAGAAACUCUGCAGGUCACAACAAAGCAGACAAACACAGAUAGACGCCUUGUUACAAAAACAGAAGAAAUACGACUCUAGGCUAUCCACUGUGAACAAGGCACUGACCGAAGACAGAAAUAAAUACAAGAAGACGUCACUUGGAGAUUACGAAGAGUUAAAAGAUACACUGAACGAAAAACUAAUAAAAUGCAACGCUGAACUUAAGGCAAAGAAACAAGAUGAACUUCACUGCAGACCUUCGUUCAUAAAGAAAAUGCAAGAUUUGGGGCAGAUGUAUGUUGAGAGGGACUCAACGAGGAUAGUACAAAUCAGCGAAGAGGCAAAGAAAUACAUGAAUUGCUUAGACGUUGACAGAUACACCAUUGAAAUGCUUAGAGAAAAUGUUUUAGAAAUGUCCGAAGUUAUCGACAAAACAAAGAUGGAGGAUCGACUGACGACAGUGCUAUACAAACAGUGGACAUUCCCAAAUGAUCCUCCAGAAAUGGUAACUAUAACUGCAGACGAGAAUCUGUCAAUAGAAACACAUGAACCUGUUCCGGAAGGUAUAUCAUUAAGCGUCCCCGUGUCUCAUGAAGCACCGUUGACGAGAAAGCGGGGAUCCUCCAAAUCUCCGAGGAGAGCUGGCGCAAGAUCUGUAUCUCCCGUCCCUGAUAGUCCCCGCACGACAGAAGUAGAAGUCCUCCUUGAGAACAUAAAGAGCUCGCCACCAGCUCCACGUAAAGAGCGGUACUUUAGAAAACCAUCCAAUCUGACUGUGCGUGCAGAUCAUAUGCAAAAUGACCAAUCCCAGAUCGAAGAAAUUAACGAGGUUUGCGAGAAUGACGGCCACAUGAGGCUCAAGCGGAAACUGACUGAGGAGCAGGUUAAUUUUGAUGUGUUCAGCGGUGAUUCGGGCAGUGACCAAGAUAAGAACCACAACGUAAAAGGAAACAACGAUGCAACCAUAGACUCCGACCUUUCCGAAAAAGAAGAAGCAAUUAUGCCAAAAUUGAACAGUUUCGCCUGGGCAGCAGCCCCUAGUAUGGAAAAUAAUUCAUUAAAUCCAAAAGCUAAUGAGACGGAAAAUGUCCCUGAAGUCAGUAGCGCAGUAAAGAUAGGAAACCUCUUCAUGGCCAGCAAAUUCAAACAGGAACCAGCACAAUCCCCCGUCAGGUUCGUAGGAUACGACGAUGAAGCCAAACAUAGUAAGACGACUACUGUGGACAAACGAUUAGCUCAAGCAGUCAAAGAACUCAACGAAACUGAUAGCGACUCCGGGUCAGAUCGAAAUUGUGUAAAGGAAAAAAAUGCAUCUUUUCUGAAUAGUCAAUAUGUCGGUGAUAUGUCGAAUAUAAAGGUGGUAGGAAUCGAUUAUUUCUUGGCGGAGAAACCAAAUGAAAUGAAUAUUACACCAGGAUUGAAACUGAUUCAGACGUGUCGCGAGAACUCCUACGGUCGAGCAUAUGGACAUACAUACGGAAAGCGGUUCUCUAGCAACAAGGAAGGAUUCUACCCAUCCAACUGUGUAGAGGUGUACAAAAUGAAAAAACACUACGAGUAAUCAUACAAAACUUAUUGGACAUGUAUAAUAAACAUAAUGUAGUAAGAGGUCCUCAUUACCGUUUACCAAAUUUAAUAAGUGGUGUACGAGAAUGAUGGCGUAAUGAUAGCUGACGUCACUGCACUACUUGAUGAGGUGUCCGUCAAGUUAUUAAAACCAGAGGAAAGCUUCUCUUACUACGUCAUCAGCGACUCGUCCCCAAGUUUAUUUUCAGUAUUAUGAGUGCAUAUUAGGAAAAAAAUUGAGUUUUCAUACUGU